AUGUAUUUUUACAGAGACAAUGAGAGGGAUCUGCAGUAUGUGCAGGAGUACAAACCUGAAAACGAGGAAGUCAAACACAUCCGAGUUCUGCUGUACGGGCCGGUCGGAUCCGGAAAGUCCAGCUUCAUCAACUCUGUCAGCAACAUCCUGCGACGCAGAAUGAGCAUUCCUGCUGGAGCCAGUGCUACCACCUCUGACAGGAGUUUCACCACAAAGUAUGAAACUCAUGAAAUCAGGAAAGGAAGAGGAAACCCAAAGACCCUCUACCCGAUCGUCUUCAAUGACAUCAUGGGUCUGGAGGAGGGGAAGAAGUGUGGUGUUCAUCCUGAAGACAUCAAACUGGCCAUGAAGGGACGUGUGAGGGAGGGUUACAAGUUCAACCCAGUAUCUGCACUGUCAGAGAGCGAUCCAGGAUACAACCCGUCCCCCUCUCCAGACGAUCGAGUCCACGUUCUGGUUUGCAUCCUCUCUGCUAACACAUCAGAGAUUAAAGAGUCAGUUUUACAGAAGAUGAGGGGCAUCAGAGAGGCAGCCAGAGACCUGGGGAUUCCUCAGAUGAUGAUGAUCACAAAGAUCGAUGAGGCCUGUGCUGAAACUGACAAGGAUCUGAGGAACGUUUAUAAGAGCAAAUACCUGAGGAAAAAGAUGAAAGAUUUCAGCUCAGCAGUCGGCAUCCCGAUGAACUGCAUCUUUCCUGUGAAGAACUACAAUGAAGAAAUCGACCUCAACGAUGAUAUGGACACUCUGAUCCUCAGCGCUCUGAGACGCAUCAUCGACUUUGGAGACGACUUCAUCGACAACAUGUAAAAAUUAUAAACAGAAAUGAGCAAUAACACUUUAUUUACUGGUUUUACUUUUUGCUAAUUAUCUUUUAUUGUCCAUGUCUGUAUUUUAAGGAGACAUGGAGUCUGUUACUGUCUCUAUGUGCCACUUAUAGAAACAGAGGUUGUGUCUGAAUUUUCUUGUAGUCAGCUGAAAGGAAAACAACAGUUUAUUAUAAUUAGUUUAUUUUCACAGAUCAGGUCAUUGAUUCAAUCAGGUCAGAGCAGGAAUUUCUGUGGUCACAUAAAUAUGAAGGCGUAGCAGUGGAGUCUUUCUCUUUUCUUUUAAUUUAAAAAUGUAUUCUCAUUUAUUUAGUUUAACAAACAAUGCACUAAUAUCAUUACAGUAUUAAUCAGUCCUUAUGAACCCAGCUCCAUCUGGCUCAGCGUAGAGAGCUGAAGUCAUGACAUCACUUCCUGUUCAGCCUCUGUAACUCACUGAAAUCUCUCAUUCAGCAUCUCUUUCUGAGAAAAUGAAGCAACUUGAUUUAAAGGAAAUAAUCUAUCCAACGUGCCCUUUCUAGGUAAAAUCCUGGAAAGGGCAGUGUUGAUACAGCUAGAGGCUUUCUUACAUAACAAUGAUAUUUAUGAAAAAUCUCAGUCUGGUUUCAGAGGUAAACAUAGCACUGAAACUGCUCUCACUAAAGUCAUAAAUGAUCUUAGAAUGAGCGCAGAUAAAAAGAACGUUUCUGUUCUU